GAAACACCACAAACAGACCACUGUUCGUCCUGCACCGGCGGGGACACAACACAGAGCCACUGACUCGGGACAUGACUGAUAGCAACUAGCUGAGUACCGGCUUCCAAGAAAUUUUUUGCUGGGAAAAGGGAAAAACUGGAUAUAGAGGGCAAAAUCCCAUCCAAUCUUUUUUUUCUUUUUUCUUUUCUUUUUUUAAAAAGAGGUCGCGAUCUAAAACAGCCGUGUUUGCUUUUACAGCUACCGUUACUUGAUGAUACCACUGAAGGAGUCGGUCAAGUGCGGUGAACUUCGGGCUUAUUAUUUGGCUGUUGUUUAGUGGUUUUGCAACUUCUCAGGGUACAUUUAACUGCACUUCAUUGGGCAUUAUUAUCACGAGAGGGUGUUGUUAAGUUGAACAUGUUGGCAGUAAAUGAUUUACUAAAGCAUUUCUGCGGCAGACCCGCUUUGCUGAUAGCAGGCAUUGCUGGAGACGCUGGGGCUCUUUUGUAAAGUGCACUUUCAAGGUUACUUAUUAGGCAGCCACUUUGAUGUUGAUUAAAUGAGACGUGCGCUCUCGUGGGUAACCCCGGCUGUAAUAGGGCACAGUACGCAGAUCAAGGUGAGGCGGUCUGUCAACGGUGCAAACUAAAGGUAAAAACUUCUAGGAGAAAGCUAUAUGGACAUUCAUUGGCUCUCAUAUGAGUGAACUUACUUACCGACAUUGAUGCGGGGUCAGUUUGUAAUGCGGCUCUGACUGUAAAUCUGGAAUGGAGCUUUUUUCCAGGAUGCAAGUGCUCUGUUGAAGACUGCUGUUGCAUUCUUGCUAGGGGGUAAUUCACUACAGUUUUUAUUACGACUUUUACUGCACAAACUAGAAAUAUUACGACUAAAAACUAGUCAAAUACAAAGUAUUACACCGUAGAGAGUGAACCACGACGAACACCGACUGAUUCCCCUCGCGCCCAGACCAUGGCAUCCCCCUCGCGGAACAGCUGCUUUUGGUUGCUCUGGAGACGGACCUUCCUCGCGCUGUCCAUGUGUGCGCUGGGGGCGCGUGGAGCGGAGGAUGCCAGCACCUUCAACGCAGAGUCGUGGCUGAGGAUGUACGGUUACCUCCCCCAGGCCAGCAGGCAGAUGUCAACCAUGCGAUCGGCUCAGAUCCUGUCCAAUGCCGUCAGCGACAUGCAGCGCUUCUACGGCCUGGAGGUCACUGGACAGAUGGACCCUCAAACCAUCAGUGCCAUGAGGAGACCCCGCUGCGGUGUGCCUGACAAGUUUGGAGGCCAGAUCAAAACCAACGUGCGGCGGAAACGCUACGCCCUCACCGGACAUAAAUGGAACAAGAGCCACCUCACUUACAGUAUCCAGAACUACACUCCCAAGAUUGGAGAGUAUAACUCAUACGAAGCCAUCCGGCGGGCGUUUAAAGUCUGGGAGGGAGUGACCCCGUUGACCUUUGAUGAAAUCCCAUACCAGGAGAUCAAAUAUGGACGCCGCAAGGAGCCCGACAUCAUGAUCUUCUUUGCUUCGGGGUUCCAUGGAGACAGCUCUCCUUUUGAUGGGGAGGGAGGCUUCCUCGCUCAUGCCUACUUCCCUGGACCUGGAAUGGGUGGGGACACGCACUUUGACUCCGAUGAACCAUGGACCAUAGGAAACCAGAACGUACAGGGUAAUGACCUCUUCCUGGUGGCAGUCCACGAGCUGGGCCAUGCCCUGGGCUUAGAGCACUCCAACAACCCACUGGCCAUCAUGGCUCCCUUUUACCAAUGGAUGGAGACUGAGAACUUCCAGUUGCCUGAGGAUGACAAGCGAGGCAUCCAACAGAUCUAUGGUCAACCAGACAGUGGUCCCACCCAGGCCUUGCCCACUGUGACACCCCGACGCCCGGAGCCCAGGCCACCUCAGACACCUCCUCGGCAUCCUGAUCGCCCCAGGACCACCGAAAGACCAGAUCACUACGGACCCAAUAUCUGUGAAGGGAACUUUGACACGGUCGCCAUGCUCCGAGGAGAGAUGUUUGUUUUCAAGGGCCGUUGGUUUUGGCGGGUGCGUAAGAACAGGGUGCUGGAUAACUACCCCAUGCCCAUCAGUCACUUCUGGAGGGGUCUGCCUGGAGACAUAGAUGCUGCUUAUGAGAGACACGACGGCAGGUUCGUCUUCUUUAAAGGAAACAGAUUCUGGCUUUUCAGGGAGGCUAACCUGGAGCAGGGCUAUCCAUUGGAGCUGGUUGAUUACGGUCGAGAUAUUCCCUACGACAGAAUAGACACAGCCAUCUGGUGGGAGCCAUCCGGCUACACUUACAUCUUUCAAGGAGACUGGUACUGGCGCUUCAACGAGCAGUCGCGCUUGGCUGACAGAGGCUACCCCAAACCAAUCAGCAUCUGGGGAUCGUCAGUGCCUUCGACUCCCAAGGGGGCCUUCCUCAGCGAUGAUGGGGCUUACACCUUCUUCUACAAGGGCUCCAAGUACUGGAAGUUUGACAACCACCGCAUGAAGAGUGAACCCGGCUACCCUAAGUCCAUUCUGAGGGACUUCAUGGGCUGCAGCGUGGACCUGGACCCAGACAGAGACACGGACACAGACUCGGGACGCAAAUUCCCUGACGUGAACCGCCCACCGUUCAACCCGGACGUGGGCCGUGACGGCGACAAGGGCAAAGACCGGGAUGGAACGGAUCGCGGCGGGACGGACAAAGACGCGGGCAAAGGGACGGACAACGACAAAGACAAAGACGAAGACUACCGCGAGGGCCGCGAGGAAGACACUAACGAGGUGGAUGUGGUGCUGAAGGUGGACGACAGCGAGGAACGGACCAUGAACAUCCUGAUGGUGACCAUCCCACUGGUCCUGGUGCUGUGCAUCCUGGGAUUGAUCUACGCCAUCAUCAACACGCUGCAGAGCAAAGGGGCGCCGCGGCUGCUGGUGCACUGCAAGCGCUCGCUGCAGGACUGGGUCUGACCUUUGACAUUAGGGGACACUGAACUUUGAACUUAAAUUGGACCUUAGACCCCGCCCUCCUCUAAUCCAGCCCUCUUCCCAGUGAUCCAUCCGUCUCAAGUCUCUGUGCUCAGUGGCUCUUGCAAGUCGUAGUACAUGUGGUAGUAGAUCCAAUACUGUACUGAUACAUACACACACACACACUAGCAGCAAGCAUAAAUUAUGUCUUACAUAUACACCCCCACCCCCCAACACACACCACCCUAACCUCCUCCUGUCUCCCAUGGUGCUCUACAAUGCGUUGACUGUAGUCUAUUUAUAUGAGAGAAGUUUGCACAUUGUUUUUUUCCUUCUUGUUUUUGUUUCGGUUCAUUUUGAGUGACUUUUUGAUGUUUGUUUUUUUCUAAACCAGGAAGGCCCCUUCAUUCUCUCUCCCGCCUCUGCACCGCCCUCCUCCUUCCCCUAAUGUCAGUCAGGGCUUUUUUCCCUCGCUGAUAACUUGACAUCUGCUUAUGCUAUCACAGUUGCCGUUAAAAAAAAGAAAUGCAUAGGGUUACAAAAGAUUUGUAGACGGACCACUAUGCUUCAAGUAGGGUUCAGUAGUGUUCCCUCCUCCUCGCGUCGUCUUGCUCCAUCUCUUCUCCUUUCUCUACAGUGCAAUAUGUCAUGGGGUGUGAGGUGAGUUAGAGAGAAACAGGGUUUGGUCCAAACAGACAUUUCACUGUAGUUUACAUUAAGAGGUAUUUUGUGGGCCUUCAGCCCAGAUAUCAUCCUCCCUUUGACUGCUCCUCGUUGUGAUUAGGCUGCGGUUAUAACUCUGAAGGAGUUCAGUUUGUUAGUUAUACAGGCACUGUGUUGGUUUUAAAGGAUAAUUCCACUUUAUUACAACUUAGAUCUUAUUUUUAAUGGUCAUUUUAAUAGUAGUAAUAAUAUUGUACUCAUCAAAUUAAUUGCUGAGGUCUGGUAAUGUGGUGAUGUUGCUAAAAAUAUGUGAAUCAUACAGGCUUAAAACAAAGCACCAGGUUGGCCAAACGUCUUUGGAAAAAAUGAAAACAGACAGUAGGCACACUGUCUGUUGUAAACCAGUUUACAGACCAGCUUGCUGGUUCUACUUUGGCCCACCGUAUACUACUUGUGAGUGAUUACUUACAUUCUGGGUGUGCUCACGUUUGGUUUACCCCUAGAUAAGAUAAUCUGUCUAACAUGGCCGUCUGUUUAAAGGAAUGGUUUGACAUUUUGAUAAAUACACUUUUGUGGACAGUUAAGAUGACAAGAUCUCAUGUGUAUAUGCUAAAUAUGAAGCUACAGCCAGCAGGCAACUAGUAUUUUAUUAUUUAUUUUUAUUUUAGCAUAAAGACUGGAAGAAGGGGCCCUAUCAGCACCUCUAAACUUUAUUGACAUGUUACACCUUCUUUGUGUAAGCUGUGUAAAAUUAGUACAAAUUCAGGUGGAAAUGGGCUUUGGACAGGGUAGCUCUUCCCCCUACUUCAAGCCUUGAAGCUAACAGGCCGCUGUGUCUAGCUUCAUAUUGUACAGACAUGAGAGCAGUAUCUUCACAAAAUGUUGAAUUAUUCCUUUAAAACGUGGUGGGGUGUCUAACUGAACGUGUUUUUUGCCAUGUCUGGCUUUGUUGUCACCAUUUUGCCAUCUUCCCCGAUAUUAACAAUCAGUUUUAAUGAGUACAGUGUUAUCCAACAGAUAGGUAUGAAAAUAAGACACAAGUUGUAAUAAAUAGUAAUUCAUCCUUUUAAUUUCACAUUAAAUUCAGACUACUACUGCCCUGUUUUCCUUCUGUAUCUUGUGCUCACAGAGUUGGGCCUACCUUCUUUCUUUUCCUUAUUUGGAAACCAUUUAAAGAGCUCUUUGGCUGAAAGGCUAAACAGACUUUAAAGGGGACCUCUUCCCUUAACUUUCAUUUAUGUGGCUAAUUCUCAGAGAGCCUCCCUUCUGUCAACAAUAAGACCUUUUCUUUGUGCUACAGAGGAGACAGACUAAUGGUUAAUUUAAAAAGUCAGCUCACUGUGAAAUAACACCAGAGAGGGAGCAUUUAAUGCAUCUGUGUGUGUGUGUGUGUGUGUGUGUGUGUGUGUGUGUGUGUGUGUGCGUGUGUGUGACAUAAAACAAGGUAGAAACAAAGCAAAGGCACGGCCUUUAACUUCAGAACAGGAUGUAACACCACAAAUGCAACACAGCACUGGCACGGUGUAGCUAAUGUACCAUGCAGCUUAUAAUGGACUUUUUACUGCAAGGGUUUUGUGGAAGGACGCUUUUAGAAACUUCAUUGAUGACCCGGGGUCUAUCAGUCAAAUCUGUAAAUAUAGUGUAGCUGUAAGCACCAGGGUGGGCUCGGGCCGUGCGGGCUCAUGUGAACACAGACUAAUCCUCUUCAUUAAAAAACAGCAGGUGUGUGCAAAUGCUGUUAGCCCCUGCGACCCCUAAAUUAAACCCUGAACUCUCAGAAGCAAAAACACUCUCCACUCCCUUUUCAUCUUGUAAGAACAAAGGUUGGUUGAAGGGGCUGUGGGCACAGAAAAAUGACCGUCUUAACUACUUAUUAUAACAAUAUUAAAGAACCAUACAAGGGGUUUUGUACAUUUUACCUAUUUAAGUAAAAAUCAGAGGCAACCAUUUUUAAAUUAUGCAUACAAACGUAAUAAAGUUACGUUUGUAUGUAUUUUCCCUACUGUUCCUGACUGCCAUUGGUAUCCAUUUCAUUUUAUAGAGAGAAUGAAAAUAAUCUGGCAGACAAUUGGAAUGCAAAUGAAUGCAACUUUGGCCAAACUUAAAGGUGAUGUAAGUGAAAUAAGCAUUUUGGCUAACUUCCCUACUUCUUGCAGUUAAACAGUUCCCUUCCUCCUCCCCACUUUACCACACUGAAAUUCUGCUGCCUGUCUUUUAGGACCGCCUCUUUGUAGAGCUCUGUCUCCUGAUUGGAUAAAGCGGGAACGGGAUACUAGAAGAUGUAUUCUCUGUUUACUGCAGUAUGGAAGGACUGGGAGGCAAAUGUUACUGACUGAACACUAUAUUAGUGAUGGCUGCUGGAAUGUAGAGCUAUUUAACAAAGAAAAUAUCGCUCACAGUACAACAUGAUUACGCAACUCAAGCAAGUUUGUUUAAAUCUGCUUACAGAUUUUUGUAUUGUUUAUAAAUUAAUGUAAAUUAAUGGAAACAAAUAGCUGCCAUGGAAACAUAAAUUGACAAAAACAAAAAAAAAUAGUGUGAUUUGCAAAACGUUGUACUACGUUAUAGUAUAGGGGGCUAAAAUGUGCAAAACCGGUGGUAUCCUUUAAAAUCAUAUUUCUUUCUUAAAAGAAGAGAAACACUAUUCAUCUAAGUCAUAGAUCAUUUCAAGGUGACAUUACCUUUAAGCCUGUAAAAUUAGAAGCCGUGUUUCAAGAUGUUCAACAAGUGUAGCAGUAAUGGAAAAUAAUAAAAAUACAAGAGUCUACAAACCAGGGCUAAAAUGGGAGCGAGUGUAGGAGUGGACAACUUUCAAGUGCGACUUCAAAUAUGAAUAGGAGGAAGGCCUAUCUGAGGUCGCAUUUAAGAAGUAAGCUGCCAAUCUGACCAGAGGGGGCUCAGUUCACCUGGCUCGGGUUACACAGAUGUGGACGGGGAGGGUGAAGAGAGACUGAAUUUCCUGCAGCUGAGACAAGGAAAGGGGGGAAGGGGGAGGGAGGCUGACCUCGUCUCCCUGAGCUUGCAAAGUUUAGAUCUCAGGAAUAAGGAGGGGUGGGAAGACUGAGGGGGGGGGACUGUGAUGGCUCUGUUCCACUGGCAGCAGCUCAUGUGACCUAUAUUCUCCUGCUAGCUCAACAACAUUGUUAGCCAAAGAGGAAACCUUAGCUUACAGUAAGUGACAGUCCCUUUUUAGGACUGUAAGUGCUUUGCUGGUAGUUGUGUAUGUACCAGAGGUGGGACCAAGUCAAGUCUUUGCCCUCAAGUCCUAAGUCAAGACUGACGGGUCCCAAGUCAAGUCCAAAGUCCUAAACUUUGAGUUUCGAGUUCUAAACAAGUCAUAACGCGCUCUUCACCAAAUGGAAUGCCAUUUUACAACAGAAUGAACAAAACAAAAUCAUCUUUGGUAUCAUCUUUUUCCGAUUGUCUCUCAGUAACGUCUUCAUCGUUCCCUCUUGAUUGGAUGCUGUUGGAUUGGUUCAAACAAAGUGGAUCUGGGGAGUUACGUGUCGACUCGCUUCCUUACCUUGACGAAAUGAACAGAAAUUCACUGAUUCCUGACACACUUUAAAUAACAUACAAGUGCAGGUGAAGUCACAAGUCACUGUUGUCCAAGUCUUUUUUGAUUUGAAGUUGAGUCUAAAGUGUUCAAACUCAUUACUUGAGUCUGACUCGAGUCUACACCUCUGGUAUUUACCUCAUGACUUGUUUUAAAGCCCUGCAUAUUAAUUCUAGUUGUGCCUCACAAGUGGUAGCAGUAUUGGUACAUCCGUCUCUUGUGGCAGUCAGACGGUAUGUUGACAGACAGCGCAGAUACACAACCCUACUGCUGUUAGGCCUCCAGCGCGAGAGGUGAAGACAGGUUGAGGUGAGACACCUACCCAGACAGAGUCAACAGGACACCUGUACUGAAAGGAAGAAAAGGAAGAGCAUUAUCAGCCGUCACCAGAAGUCUGGAGAUUGAUCUGUGGCCAGUCGAUAGAGGUUGCCGGGAAACGGUGUCCUGUGUCCAUCGCUCACCUCCUCAUCAUCAGGGUUGGCGGUGGGGGAGGUGGGGGGAGGUUGGCGGACACAGCUAAUCAGCGUUAAAAGCAACCCCAACCCCCUCUCCUCUCCUGUCCUGCUCUUCCAUCGCUUCCUACCGGCACAUCAACGGGUACUUAGACAGCGUAGCGUCUGGACAUGCUCAGAAAAUGCAGACUCAUUGCUCUAGACACAACGUUGUGCACAGAGUUCUUCCUUAUCAACACUUCUCUUCUCCUCUGCAACCCCCACACAGAGAGCCCGGAGGGAGUUAACCACUUCAAAGCUCAAAUAACCACUUCAAAGUAAAAAAAAGUGGAGCGUACCUGAGUUUGCUUUACUUGAAAUCACAGUUUGGGUGAUUCAGCAGUUUGGGAGAUUCUCUGUGAGGUGACACUGAAGGGAGAUUGAAUUUAGUGCAGUUCAUUGUCUCUGGGCACAAAGCAGAGGAGAAGGAGUGAAAGGUUAGAAAAGAAAUCUGUCGACGCUGAUUGAUGCAUGUGUGUGUGUGUGUGUGUGUGUGUGUGUGUGUGUGUGUGUGUGUGUCGAGGUGUUCAGUUAAUCAGCUCCACUCUCCAUAAGCAAGGCCUGUUUUCUGACUGUAAAUCUCCCACAUUCCCUCCAUGCCCUCCCCUCCGCAUACUCAGCCCAGCCCUCGAAGCCCGAGGGGAUCAUAAUAACAACAAUGGCCUUCUCUCUCUCUCUCACACACUCUCUUUCUCCUCCCCCCCCUCUAUUUUCUCUCUCCCUAAUACGCACACACACAAACACAUUAUUGUCUUCCCUAACCUCACCUUCCUCCUCCCCCUCUUAGGAAACUAGUCCAGGCCAAGGUCCACAGCAGAGCCUGUUUUUAGAUCCACCUCCUUGUUCAGCAACAUUUAACACUGUUGGAAGGAUUCACAAAAAAAACACUUCACCUGUCAGGCUUUGAGUUGGGUGAAUGCAGACUUGGCAGCAGGAUGUCACAUUCAGAUUUAAAGAUGCAAAGGCAGAGGUUCUUUUAUGUUAAUGCCUUGUUCGUUCUGAAGUGCAGGGCCUUGAUGCAAAGUUUCGGUAAGGUUAGGACAUCGCUGAGCUUGUCUGAGCUUUCAUCUCUCUCAGGAUGUGUUUCUGUAAACACUGCAUGUUAAGCGUUCCUUGCUCAGCCCUGCUGUUUUGGCUCUGAGCGUGGGCUUUGUACCGUUCUUUUUUGUCUUUUAUUUUAAUGAACAUCUCCACAAUCAUUCAUGAGGCAGGUAUUUUUCUAGCUGUGUGUGUGUGUCCUCCACUCUGUGCACUUUUUGUGUUCCAGCUUUCUCCCUGUGCAUCCCUGCACUUCUUAAAAAGCCAGAAGCUUCAAGAAGUCAUUGCAUCAGCCGCGUGCAAAGUCCGAACUCUACCGGGAAGAACCGGAUCAAUAAAUAACGGGCUGAAACGAUCAAAGAAAAGGAAAAGAAAGGAUCUGUCCGACGUGACGUACAGUGAGACUGUUCUGUGACAGUUUGACGUGGGUCAACUUUGUGGCUCGAUUGCAGAUGAUUGCGGGUUGUCCAGUUUUCUCUUUUUCCCCCAGAGUGCAUCUCACCUUGCUCACUGAGCCCAUCCACUCUGAAACACACUUCAAAUCACCACUUGACUAACUCAACUACUCAGCGCGAGGAUGAAGCAGAAAAGAUGGCUGACAGCAAAUGACUUUCAGCAUUUGUGUCGCAGCCUCGGCAGAGUGCGGCGGAUCGGCUCUCACUGUGCUUCAGACGGGCAUCGAAACUGUUGAGCAGCCCGCUUAAGAAAACUGUUUUCAUCCGCUAACUGCAGCUACAGUAGAGGGUAGAUUUUGUUGGAUUCAGUCAAUCCUAUACUGACCAUCAAUAGUGGAACUUGGCAUCUCACACUUGAACUUCUCUCUUCGUUACUACCUGAGUAAUGGUUCAUAAUUUGUCUUAUUUUGUGCAUUUUUUUCUCUCUCCAAACUUGAUAUGACAUUUUUUGUUAAUAACAUUCCAAUUAGUUUUGUUUGAUUGGUUGUUAGUGUUUUGUUUUUGUUUUUCUGUAGAAAAUGUAAGAUUUUAUACAUUUGUGUUGUUGUGUGUUCACCUCUAGUUGAGUGUGUUAACAAGCCAUGCUGGACAUGUACACAUUAAAAAUUGCUCUGAAAAUA